GCAUCGGGGAAAGUGACAGAACACAGACACAGUGACAUUUACUAGCUUACCGUUGGAAGGACGGACGACUCCCUGUCAGCUCUCAUCCUUUGACAUAACAUUAACUGGCAAUAUGCAACAGGAACUGGAAUACAACUUUGGCCAGAUGGGUUUAUAUGACCAGUCUUCUGUGAAGAAGCUGCCGCCAGCAGUAGCCCCCAAACCGCGAAGGAACAAUGAUGCACCAGCUCCAUUUAAACCAGGAGCCAAUACAUACCGACAGUUCAAUCCGCCAGACCAACGGUUCAACCCACCAGAUGAUGAUUUUCCUCCCCCUCCUCCACCUCAGAUGGCUUACACAGAUGACACCCACGGAUACCUUCCGCCUCCUCCGCCUCCUCCCCCUCCAGAUACAGGGAAAGGAUAUGACAGCCAGGAAGAUUAUUUUCCACCUCCUCCACAGGUUCCUCAGGGCCAGUCUGGCCUGUAUGGACGUCAGUCACCAGUCAGCGUAGGAUACAGCGCGGGAACAUCACCAGUAAACACAGGGUACAACUCUGCAACAUCAACGUCUCCUGGAUACAGUGGUCAGACUUCUCCAAGGUAUGGUGGCCACUCAGCGCCUAGGUACGCCCCACAGUCUCCUGACCGGUCAUCUGGACGUACCCCAUCACCUGCCUACAACACCUCUUCAUACAGCCCUCCAAAUAGGGGUACAGAGGGACAGACUGAGUACACCACAGUAUUCCAGGGUGGUAAACAGUCCCCACAACCCUACUCUCUUAGAUCAUCUUCCCCUGCCGGGCGUACAUCACCAUAUGGCUCCAGCAACUAUGCCAACCUGCCUGGAUACUCCCCAAUGGCACCCCAGCAACAACCUGAUCAACAUAUAUAUGCCAGACCCAACAGUACCAGCUCUGAGGGGUUCACACCAUCAUAUCAUCAGCUUGUAGAAGAUGAUCGACCGCUGCCCGGCCCCCAAGUUCCAGCAGGAAAGAGUCCCUUGUUAGAACCAGUAAGUCCAACUCAGCCCUCAAGUGGAAAGGAAGCUGAAGUGGAUGCUUUGACUAACCUCCUCAUGGCUAACAUGGAGUCUACCAAAGAACCAGACUACUUCGGUAUGUGCAGUAGGUGUGGCAAGAAAGUGAUGGGUGAGAACAAUGCCUGUACCACCAACGACCAAGUAUAUCACAUUGCAUGUUUUGCCUGUCUAAGUUGUGGAACAAUGCUGAGAGGGAAAUCUUUCUAUUCCAUGGACAGUAAACCCUACUGUGAGACUUGUUAUCUGAACACACUAGAGAGAUGUUCUGUUUGUUCUAAGCCUAUUACAGACCGGUUGCUGCGAGCCACAGGAAAGCCAUACCACCCUGGCUGUUUUACCUGUGUAGUGUGUGGCAAAAGUCUGGAUGGAAUACCUUUUACUGUGGAUGCCACCAACCAAAUACAUUGCAUAGAAGAUUUCCACAAAAAAUUUGCUCCCCGCUGCUGUGUUUGUCAGCUACCUAUAAUGCCUGAUGUGGGAUUAGAAGAGACUGUGAGAGUUGUUGCUAUGGACAGAAGUUUCCAUGUCCAGUGUUAUCGUUGUGAGGACUGUGGUUUGUUGUUGUCAUCGGAGGCGGAGGGGCGGGGAUGCUAUCCACUGGACGAACACAUUCUGUGUAAGAAUUGCAAUGCCAAGAGGAUACAGAGCAUGACAACAAAGAUGACCACAGAGUUAUAACUGUGUAUCGUCACCUUGACGGCCUGUAAGUGGAAGAGGAUAUGCUUGACAGUGAAUGAACAAAAUUGAUAUCAGCAGAUGAAAGGCUGAUAUUGAUCUUAGAUCACCUUGACGGCAAAUGUGUAAUAUUUUACAGCAAAUAUAUGAUAUUUUUAUAACAGGAAUAAGGCAGGACACUGAGUUUGUCCUGAUGACCAGGAUGAUCAAUAUAUGGACAGAUUUCAUAUAGUUCAGAUGGAAGUUGGAACUUUUGAGAAGAACACAUGCAAUAUACAAAUUAUUCUGAGACAGACAACUUUUAUGUUGAACAUAUAUAUGAUAUGUAAUCAAAGCCAGUAUUUGUUCCAUAACAUUAAGGCAGGGUGAUUACUAGUAUUAUACAUGUAUAUGAAUUUACUAUAAAAAACCCCUUGAAACUAAUGAUUCCAGGAGAUAAAGAUUUGUACUUUAAUAUGUGUACAUUUUCAGUGUUUUUGUCUAACUCUGGGGUUUCUUUUAUAUAUAGUCAAACAUAAAAACUAUAACUUCAGCCUUUUAUUUAUGCUUAUUUAUAAACUAUUUAAAAUACAAUAAUUAAUAUGGCUGAACCUAAACUGACAUUUAUAUACAUGUAUAUGCACUAGUAUAAGAAUCUGUUCAUCAUAUAAAACUGAACUUAAAUAUGGUAAUAUUCAGAUACUCACUAGUUUGAGAUUUUGUUUAUCAUAAUAAGGAUAAAAUUAACAUGACAAUAUUUCAAUAUUCACGAGUUUAAGAAUUUGUUUAUCAUAAUAAGGAUUGAAAUCAAACAUGAAAAUAUUCCGAUAAUCAUGAGUUUAAGAAUUUGUUUAUCAUAAUCAGGAUUGAAAUCAAACAUGAAAAUAUUCCGAUAAUCAUUAGUUUAAGAAUUUGUUUAUCAUAAUCAGGAUUGAAAUUAAACAUGACAAUAUUCCGAUAAUCAUGAGUUUAAGAUUUGUUUAUCAUAAUCAGGAUUGAAAUCAAACAUGACAAUAUUCGAAUAUUCAUGCAUUUGAGAUUUUGUUUUCAUGAUUUAAAGUAAUGGAAGAUUCUAUUUAUCCUAUGAGAAUGAACUCAGGAAAGUUGUUUUACAUCUAGACUAGUUUAAGAAUCUGUUUAUUACUAUCAAUAGAGCACUACACAGAACCUUUAGACCUACUCAAGAAUGAACACAAGCUAUACAAAUUGCGUUUGUCAUACCCCUUGCAUAGCUAAAUUGGAAUGUAAGGUUUGUUUGUCUCGUCUGACUUUUCAUCUGUCAUGAUUCUUUGAUAUCAGUGUAGAAACUAGUUGUUUUACAGAUUUUGUUUCAAACUUAACCCACAUUUAUCUUACAAUCAUUGGUGCUUGUUUAACAUUGGAGGAGAAAGUGAAAUAUUUAGAACAAUAUCCUGAUGGCGUUAUACAUGUACAUAUGCAUUUAUUAAUUGAUGUGAAGCAAAUUUAUCAAGAAGUGCUACAUAUCCUUUAGGAUUUAAUUAUUUGAUUGAAUAACUGUUAACCUGUUGUUGAGACAGAUAGUGCUUUAUACAGGUACAAUAACUAGGCUGAUUUAAAAUGUGAUGUAUACUAAGAAAUGUAUUGUACUAUGUGUACUAUAUAUUUAUCUUUCAUAAAGCCCAAGGACAAAUACAUUCACUCAAAUCCCAUCCAUGGACAUAUUGCAGAGCAAUGAAAUAGUAUAUGGGUGGGCUUAUUACCAGAAAAAGGCUUAUUGCAAGAUAGAUAUUGUAAUAUGUCAGUAGGUAGUCACUUGUCGUCAGUGCAAUGCUUUGUGUAGAAUUCCUUCUAGCAGACCGCUAUUAGACAUGUCUUUUUUUGAUGGCCAAACACUUUCAGCUUGACAUGUUUCAUUAAAAUAGCAAAACACCCGCUGCCUGACAUGUCUCAUUAAGAUGGCCAAACACCUACCACUUAUUUCUUUUAGAUGUCCGAAAUUUCUAGACCUUUUUGAAUAGUAAGGAUUUAGAUUGUGCUCACAAGUCCUGUACAGAAUUCACUUUUUUGUUAUUUUUAUUUUUGUGUAACAAUUACGUAUUCAUGGCAGGUGAUACCUGGCUUUUGAUAUUGUACUUGAUAUCACAUAUCUUAACCCUUUUACUUGCCUAUUUGAAGAAUAUUUGAAAUGGAGAGCAGGUGCUCAUCAUCAUAUCAAGGUCAGUAAAGUUUUGGAACACUACUGAUAUUAGUUACUAUGUUCCUUUGGAAAUGGCAGCUUUAGUUGUCCACACCAGGACCUCAAGUAUUAGAUCUUAUUAUUUGAUUGUUGAAAUUUAUGUUUUUGAUGGGUGUUCCGUUAGAGUACAAAGGUGAUUUUGAAAGUGUUGAAACUAAUUUUUUUAGUGUUUGUUUAAUGGAGGUUAUUUGGAGUCCAAUAUCAUUAUGAAGAGGUCAUAAUUUUACCUGUUUAUUUAUUCCUGAGAAGAUUCUGGAAUAUCCUUAACUCCAGAUGAAAUAUAUUUUCACCUGCAGCUGAGGAUGAUACUUUUUUGAAUUAGAGGUAAUGUUGAUUAAUAUCCAAAUAUUUUUCAAAUAGGUGAACUUUGUACCCUCACAUUUUUUACAGUUGACUCUUGGCACAGUAUCCAAGCCCAAUGGUCCAUCUAUGCACAUUAUAAUAUUUACUUGUAAGUUAUAUACAGACUGUGAUCCUUGGAAUUAGUGACCAUUUCCUGUCUAUUGUAGUGUUUUCCAAUCUGUAUACUUUACCUUGUGUCAACAUGUACCUGUACAUACAUGCUUAUGUAUUCUUUGUGUUUAUGAAACAAAAGUAUGAUCUGACAAUGUUAUUUUACUUCAAAAUUAAUAUAUGUAUAAUUUCCUGGCAAUAUUUUUACAUCAAAUUAUGUGCAAAGUACUAAAGAACUUGUAGACAUUCACCUGGUCCUUCUGUAAAAGUGCUGUAAUAAAAACAGAUUUAAUGUGUGUAAGAAUAGACUAGCAGAUUAACAGGUUUAGUGUUUGUACAGAAUAGAUAGGUGGUCCAAUUAAACAGGUUUAAUGUCUAUAUAGAAUAGACAUUUGAUCUGAUUAAACAGGUUAAAUGUCUGAAGAAAAUUAGACAGGUGAUCCAAGCACAGAGUGGAAAGGUGUUAUUGUUAAUCAUGUUUUGUAUCUGUAGAGAAUAGACAGGUGGUCUGAUUAGACAGGUUUAAUAUUUGUACUGGGAAAACAGGUGUCUGAUGAAACAGGUGUGCAUUUACUGAUACAACAGGUGUUUUGAUGAACAGGUUUAUUAUCAGUGCUGAAUAGACAUGUUAGAUCGGAUGACUGAAGUGAAGUGAACAAUUUCAUAUAUUUACAAUUUUGAUUUUAAGGUAAAAUAAUGAAUAAUUAAUGUGCUAUAAAUAUUAAUACUGAAUCUCUAAUUAACUUACCUAUUUUUUCAUUUCAUUGUAUUCAGUUUUUCCCCAUUUUUUUUUCUUUUCUCGUUUCUUUGAUUAUCCAAAUAAGAACUCUUUGCAAUUUUAAAUCUGCAUAUGGUGUAUAUUUUUCAAAUGUGCAUGUCCUUUUUCAAUCAACUGUGCCGUUAGCUUUGCUAUUCAUUAUUGGAAUUACAAUUGGAAAUUAAAGUUUUUCCUAUGUUUUAAAAUAUAUACAAAAUUUAGUACAUAUCUUACCAGCAAUGUUUAAUGUCUGAAAGUCUAAUCAUGAAAAUCUGACAAUCAUUUAUUGUAAUUUAUCUUUUAAAAUUGACAUACAACAUAUUUAUAAGUAACCCUGUACAUGAACGGCUAAGAUACGCAUAGAUGUUUAAAUUGAUUUUGUAAAAGAUUGUUGAAGCAAAAGUGAGAGAGGCUGGUAUGUUGAAUUCUGACAGUUGUAGUUUGUUAUGGCUAUUUUUUGAAAAGCACAGAAAGGAUAUUUCUCAAAUUUGAUGUGUAUGUUCUCCAUGGCCCUUUGUUUUGCCCAUUAAAUUUUAAGACUGAUGAGAAAAGGAUUCAGAAAGGAAAAGUAAGAAAAGAUCAGUCUUGCAUAGAACCAAUAAAUCAUUCAAUGCUGGCUGCCACAAUACCUGAAGGAUCUCGUUUGUUUUGAGGAUACAACAAGUUCCAAUACUUAAUACCACUGUUUUUGUUUGUCCUGAAUUAUCUCCCCUAAUACAAUAUCACAUGGACAACAUUGAAAUAUAAAAGUCCACGAUUGCAGUAUACUUCCUUAACAGUGUUCGAGAGUGCAUAUAGGGAUGACAACCAUUCCAAUCACAAUUGUAAAUGGCAUAAGUUUAUUACAUUGUACUGUGCUGAGGGAUUGAAACAGAUGUCAGUAUGAUAGAGUACAGUCAGUGCAGAAAAGAAACAACAAAGAAGUAACAUUAUGUAUUUGUUAAAAUAUGAAGUGAAGUAAAGCUUUAAAUAUAAAUGAACUGAUUAAGUAUUAAAAAGUAAUACCAUGUAUUUUAUUUACUGCAUAUCAUAUUAGCUUUGUACCACAUCACAUCAUUUAAUCACUGGAGAUCUGCCACAACGAGCUGUUAACUUUAUGUUGUCAAUAAAUAGCAUUAAUAAUAA